AUUGAAAUAGAUUGGUCCCUGAUCGAUCAACUCAUUUUAUGUUCAUCAAUAAACAUUUAUCAAAACUUCAGCUCAAGUCUACUUUACCUCCUCAUCGACUUUUGAGCUGUUCAUCGAUCGGAUACAAGAGCCAUCAAAGAACACCUUCUCACUCCUAUUUCUCACAUCUCAACUCUAGCGGUAAUCGGUCGACUCGACUAUUUAAACCAGCUACGAUUCAUUCCAAAGCUCAAUUUGCAUUCACUUCUCAAAUGUCUACAACUUCAGUCUCAAAGAAAGAACAGGAUGUCAAAAUACCCGAAUCCGUUGGAAAUUUCGACAGAAUCAUUGACCCAUUUCACUUGGAAUCCGCUCCUAUCAAGGUCGCCAAAUGGAAAAGUCGUGAAACUGGAUUGAGCGUCGUCUGGGCUGACGUCGAUGGUCCACUUGUCAAUGGGUAUUUCACCGUUGCUACGGAGAUUUUCAAUGAUUCCGGGGUUCCCCACACCCUUGAGCAUCUCGUCUUCCUGGGAUCAGAAAAGUAUCCCUACAAAGGAAUUCUUGACAGUCUAGCCAACAGGUCUUUUGCUGCGGGAACAAACGCAUGGACUGACACUACUCACACAGCCUAUACGGUUACGACUGCUGGAUCAGAGGGUUUCUUGAGAUUGUUACCUAUCUACCUUGACCACAUUCUAUAUGCGACCAUCACUUCCGCAGGAUUCACAACCGAAGUGUACCAUAUUAACGGAAAGGGCGAAGAUGCCGGAGUGGUUUACUCUGAGAUGCAAGGACGUGAGAAUAGCAGCGCCGAUUUGAUGAGUCUGCGAUCUCAAAGGGAGAUUUACCCACCUACAAGUGCUUAUCGGAGCGAGACCGGCGGUGAAAUGGCCGCAUUGCGAGUACUGACAGUUGACCAAAUCCGAAAAUAUCACAGCGACUAUUAUCGUCCACACAAUAUCCAACUGAUUGUCAGUGGGAAAGUCGACCCUACAAUGCUUUUGAAUGUCCUACAAACCGAGGUGGAGCCAUCUCUAAUCAAGCAUGGACAAAACAAAGUUCCUGAGGGAUGGAAGCGGCCAUUUUUGGAGACUGCUAGUAAGGGUGGGGCAGUUUUGACGAAAAACAAGGUAGUGGAGGUACCAUUCCCCGAGAAAGAUGAGAGUAUGGGAGAAGUACAGAUCAGCUGGGUGGGACCAAACACAAAUGACUACUUGCUACAAGACGCUCUAGAUCUGUUGGGGACUUAUCUCACCGAUACGGCCAUUUCACCCUUGGCGAAAAAGUUCAUUGAGAUUGAGGACCCGCUCUGCACUGAUAUCACUUUUCAGCCAACCGAUGCAGAAAAGACUGUGACGUCGGCGUACAUUUCGAGUGUUCCUGCUGAACAUUUAUCGGACAUUGGCAAAAAGUUCAACGAUGCGCUUGCUCAUGAAGCUGAUAACCUCGAUAUGCAACGUAUGCAGAUGACCAUUGAGCGCGGUGCUCUCAAGGUUGCCAAUCAAUUCGAAGUGGAUGCGCAUGAUACACUUGCGACAACUAUCAUCUCCAACUUCUUGUAUGGGUCGGGCGAACAACUCGUGGCCGGUCUAUCUACAGAGCUUCAACGUUACAAGACGCUGGCUGGUUGGUCUAAGGAGCAGUGGUCUGCUGUAUUCAAAAAAUGGCUUGUAGAGAGCCCUAGUGUCACUGUAAUCGGAAAACCUUCGGGAAAGCUUGCCGACCAGUUAGCAGCUGAUACAAAGGCCCGCUUGGAAGCUACCAAGAAGAAGUAUGGUCCUGAGGGUCUUAAACAGUUGCAAGAAAAGCUAGAAGCGGCUCAGAAAGUCAACGAUACUCCUUACCCUGACCACAUCUUAUCUGACUAUCCGAUUCCUAAGGUCGAAAGUAUCAAAUGGAUUGAUGUAGAGUCUGCUCGGGCCGAUGGAUCCUUGAAAGGUGAUCUGCAGACCGUCAUAGAUGAAAAAGAUUCGACGAAAUUACCUUACUUCAUUCAAUUUGACCAUGUCGAGUCCAACUUCCUCACACUGUCCAUCCACUUCUCCCCUACCGACUUGCCAGCUGAGCUCUUCAAGUAUCUCUACGUCUAUCUUGCUUCGUUUUUCUCCUUACCAGUCAAGAGAUCCGAUGGCACCUUGCUUCCAUUUGAUCAAGUUGUCAAGGAGCUCGAUAUGGAAACCAUUGAGUAUGACGUACGGAUGGGGCCUUCCAUUAGUCAGACUCUAGAAAUUUAUUUCAAGAUUGAGAAAACCAAAUACUCAACGAUGAUUGGUUGGCUUAAGGAUCUCCUUUGGGGAAGCAAAUUUGACACUGACCGUCUUCGAAUCACCGUCGCCAAGGCUUUACAAAAUAUUCCAUCGAUGAAAAGAGAUGGAGACAGUGUCUCUGCUGCAUUGUAUGAGGAGAUGAUCUAUUCGCCCGACUUAGCACCGGCCAUGUCGACUAAUCUGUUCAAACAAGAUGUAUGGCUACCUUCAAUCAUGGAAGAGCUUAAAUCACACCCUCAACAAGUCAUUGAGCAUCUAGAGAAAUUACGCACCCAUUUGCUGCAACCUUCCACUAUGCGUCUUAGCGUUGCGGGAGACAUGAAAAGUCUCAAGGAUCCCAAGAAAAGCUGGUCGGAGCAUUUCCAGAAGAUUCCGGCAUCAACAUUGAAAACACCGCUGUACGGUAGCGAUGCGCUCAGUGCUGAUGGUCUUAAACCAUCUGGUAAAGCAAUUGUGAUAAGCAUGCCCUCGAUCGAGUCCAGCUUUGCUUAUCAUGUCGCCAAAGGGCCUCAGGGUUACAAUCAUCCGGAUCGACCGGCUUUGACAGUAGCUGUCAGUGUACUCAACGCGUUGGAAAGUUACCUCUGGAAAGCUAUCAGAGGAACAGGGCUUGCUUAUAGCGCUUCCAUGCGCGCAAACCCUGAAUCUGGACACGUUUCUAUCAAGAUCUACCGAAGUCCGGAUAGCUGGAAAGCUUUUGAGGAAGCUGGAAGAGUCAUGAGAGAUUUGAUCAGUAAAAAGCUCAAAUUUGACGACUUGACACUAGAGUCGGCUAAGAGCAGUCUGGCAUAUGCUACCGCAGCACAAGAAUCGACUGUGGGAAGUGCGGCGUACUUGAGCUUUGUCAACAUGGCACUCAAGGGAGUCCAGAAAGAUGCAUCGAGACAACUCUUGAACAAAACCAAGGACAUCACCACCGAUCAAGUGCUCAAGUCGAUCGAGAAGUAUUUCUUACCGAUCUUUGAUGCACGUAGCUCGGUGGCCGUGGUGGCUAGUUCGCCGAGCAAGGCAGAGAGUACUGCAUCUAGUCUUAAAGCGGCGGGUUAUCAAGUUGAACAAAGGGAAUUGAACGUUACAGCUGAAGAAGAUAGUGGGAUGGAUAGCAUGUCUGUCACUGAUGAAGAAGAUGCUUCUAGUUCACCGGCCCCCGUCUGAUACACUCAUCCACUUGUCGACACGCCUUGACAUGUGAUAUGGAAUUGAUGAUGUGCUAUGAGCGGCGUCAUGAGUGAUUUCCUCUGUAUAUAUAUAAAUAAACCCUUGGGUCGUCUGAAAGGUACGAAGGUGGGUCAAAUAGAAAGACCCCCUCUGUCUUACUACUAUUGAUAGAAUUCUUGUUGGUCAACAUGUCCUAGGGCGAUAGAAUAAGUCAUCAUGUAUAUAGAGUUGCAACUUGUUUGAGAUUUUGAAAGACUAUCAACAUGUUUGAAUACC